GUGCGCGCUCCCACGUCCGAGGCUAACGGUGAAUUCCGCUUUGCACUGUGCUUCGCAUUUCACCACCCCUAUUUCCCACCCCUGCAUCCUUAUAUCCUUCUGCUGCUGAUACUGUUGUUGUUGUUUUCUAUAUGCCUCAAAUUUUCGGGUUAACAACAAUUACAAGGGCUUAAUUGCACAUCUUCCAUAAUUUCAAGUGUUUGCUUUCUAAACUUAAAUUGUAAACGGAAAAAAAAGAGUGGCGUCACACGAAAAGAAAAUUUUCUUUGGCGUCGUUUGUCAGCAGCAACAACAAGCGCAAACGCACAAAAGCAUGCUACGCUAAAAUACAUUUGGCGUCUAUCAAGGACAAAACAAACGUUGUUUGUGUGAGUGCAACCGCAACAACAACAAUAGCAAAAACAGCAUGUGGCACAAAUAACGAAAGACAAAAGUAUCAACAACAAGAAAAAAAUAGAUAGGAAAACAAAACAAAAGUCAGGAACAAAUCACACACGAGGGCCAAAAACAAACGGAGGCUGCACAAAAAAAAACGAAAAAAGAUAAGGACAACACAAGACAUUUGGCGCCAGCUCGGGCAGCGACUGCGACUGAGACCGCGACGUCGACUGAGGCAGUGAGCCAUGUGGCUCCAUCCCGCUCCCCCUCACACGGUGGCGCUGCAGUGGAUCCUACUCUCCUUCUUCCUCCUUUUGGCGCUGCCAGCGAACGUGUCGGCUAGAUUUUGCGAGGGCUGCAGCCAGGGCUGCUGCACCCAGGGUUGUUGUCCACCGUACCAGGGCGGGCCACGCCCCCUGCCACCGCCCUCGGACUCUCACGUUCUUAACCUGUUCUUUGCAACCCACUGGUUUUUCUGGUGCGUGGUUGUGGCCAUUAUCUUGGCCAUCCUGUGUGCCUACUCACUAUGGAAGAAGCGGAGGACUCUGUGUGGUUGGGGAUUCAACGAGCACCACACCCAAUCCGAGGGCGAUUCCGCCGGUUCCUGCUACGCGCCUCCGCAAUAUAGUCGCUGCAACUCGUUCCACCAUCCGCCGCCGCCCUACACGGAGGUGACCUCCAAACCGGAUCUGUAUCCGCUGGUCUUCACCUGCAACAGCGACUCGGGCAAUGGCAAGGGCAACGGCAGCUCCAGCUACCUGAUGGUGCAGUACUUCCGGAACUACAUUGUCCGGCCGGCGGCGGGGGGAUCCCUGAGUGCGGCCAGCACCGUGGACUCCCUGAGCUCCAGCUUCAUCUGCAAUGCGAACGAGGCGAAUACCCUGGUGCCACCGCCAUAUUCCCGGGCAGCCAGUCCGGAAUUGGGGCUGCAUCACUACGUGGCGCAUGCCCAUGCCCACGGACAUGGCACUGCCCACCUGAGAUCAAUGGAUCAGGGGGCGCCACACCAGGUGCCAAGUGUUCCGCUGGCCUCCGUGCACUACGCCAUGCCGAGAUCGGCAUCCCAGCUGGUGGAAACGGACGCCUAUCAACCGAGACUGAUGCCCGCCCAGGCGCAGCACUAUGCCACCGUGGCACUGGGCAGUGCCCCUGGCGGAGGUGCCCUCUACAGCACUCGGUUGCAUGCCUCCCACGAGGAGGGAGUGGGCGUGGGCUACCUCCAAUCCCAGAGCGACCAGCACUUCCGGUACAUGGCGAAUAGCAGCAGCAGCCUCAGCGACAUCUUUGUGAACAACAGCUGUGUGGCAGGUAUGCUGCCAGAGAGUGGAGGAGUCGGCGGUGCCUCGCAAAGCGCGGAGAGUGGAGCAGCCACGCAGGCUGCCUCGCUGAACAGCCUGGCCAUGGGCGGCUUGGGAGGAUCGGUUACGGGUGGCCCCGGAGCUUCGGGGGGAUCUGGCACACCGAUUAUCUACAGCAAUGGCUGCAUUCAGCCCAAUCCGCUGCACAGCCUGGAGAACUGCUGCCAGCCGUCGGCCCAGGUGUCGGGAGUGAGUAGUCUGGCCAACAUUGGGACACCGGGAUCGCCGCCGCAGGCCACCAGUCCGACGGGCGAAGUGCGUGAGAUUCUCGACCAGAUACGCCAGCUGCAGGCGGGCGUUAGCUACGAACAACUUCUGCUCAGCGGUACUGGGGCCAAACCCCGGCUGCAGCACACGCUAUCGACGCCCUCGAACUCCCAGCAGCUGCUGCAGCCCAUCCUGACCACAUCCGCAUCCCUUUCCGGCGGCAGCAGUGGGCGGAGUAAAAAGUUCUUCACCUCCGGCAGCAAAACGCAGCCGAACAAGGCUCUGUACAUACCCAUGGCGGCCAUCGGUGGAACCGGUUCGGGAUCGGGAGCCCAGCGCUGUGUGCUCAAGAGUCCUGUGAGCAGUGUGGUGAGCGGUGCUAGCUUCUUUGUGAACCGGGGACGAGUGGCCCGCAAGGGUUGGAUCACACGAUCGGCGCCCACGACUCCGGGCAGCGGGCUGCCCCCCAAUCGCCUGGGUGACGACAGUCCUCUGCUGCUCAAUGAGCACGAUGAGGAUGCCAUCGACGAUGAGGAGGAGGAUGAGGAGCGGGAUCAGAAUCAGGAUCGGGAUCGGGAUCGGGAUCGGGAGGAUACCGAUACCGAAACGGAGGCGGAGGUCAGGAACCAUCAUCGGCAGCAUCGCCAUCAUCAUCGUGGUCAUCGCAGCCAUCGCCGUGGACAGCUUGAAUAAUAGUGGGCGUGGUCGUUGGAAUCACCAGUGUCAUUUAGUAGUUGUUGUUGUAGCUCAAGGUUCUCCUUUAGACAUAAGCUUUUAAACGAAAGUGGAGAAAUGUUUGGGAGUCGGCAGCACGCUUCUAAGUCUGAAGAAUCCCAAAAAAAAAACAAAAGGAUAAGAAAUGUCGGUAAAGUCUAAAUUCCAUUUAGCAUAACAAAAUUCUGUAGUAUUUUUACGAGUCAAGACAUUUACAAAACUAAUAACUAUAUUUAUUUAAUUAUUCUUUAAUUUAAUUUUAAUUUUUCCCUUUUAGGGUUUGUGAGUUCUUAAAUUUGU